AGGAUUUCUUGAAUAACAGAGUUGAAUAACAUAUAAAAACUACUUCAAUUAAACGCCACAAAAUGUUCAAAUACGCCAACGUUUUAACCACGACACUCAGAUACACCAACGUUCAACCUUAUAGGCUGCGCGCAACAAGAACUGUAGAUAUUAUGCCAAUGUAAGCGAAACAGGAGAAAAUGACGCGCUCGCGCCACGACGAUUAAUUAUGUUUAAAGGUAAAAUAAGCGCAAGUCGUAUCAACCCAACACAAAAGCCAAACAUAAAACGGAAUAAAAACGGAAACAAUACAGAGGAACGCCACAGCAAAUACACACCACAAACAUUUAACGCCGAAAAAAAAAACAAUACGUCACAUAAGUGUGUACUCGGAACCGUUUACUGUAAACAUUGGGGAAUUUCUUUUCGGGGGUUUCCAUCAUGUUUCAAUCUGUGGAUCAAUCUUCUUUAGGCUGAUUCCCGUGUUAUAACAACUGUUGUUUAACCAUUACUACUCGUCUUUUUGCCUUUGUCAACUCUUUUGUUUAUUAUGUAUGGUAAUAUAUUCGAAAUUCAGUCAUUUGCACUUUGAGAUAAUUUAUGAGAGUGGGUUGUGCGAAAAGUGAUAGCAAUACCCAGUUUGUAGCAAAAAUGUAAACUAAUGUUUAAACUUCAUUUCCAAUAGGCGUGAUCUGGACUCUUCAACUGUCUUGCCAAUAAACCACACGCACAUAAUGGGAGUAUCACCGGGCUUCGAAAACGUUCUUCUUUUUGCAAGGUACGGUCUAGAGUGCAAAAAUAGCUGUAAUACAAAUUGUGGCGUAAGUUACUAGGCCGAAAGGCCACUGAUCAACAAAUAGGCCAGCAGUGAUUCAUUCUAUGAUUAUACCUCUUUAGAUAGUGUCAGGAACAUCAGUUGAAUGUAUACAAUAUUUGCAGUUUAAUGGAAAAUGGCUUUAGCUCAGAAAAGCAUUGCUACCAGUAGUAGUUCUUCAAACAUUUCCUACGAAUCAGAGUGGAUUGUCAGUCAAAGUACAAAUUCAAUUUUACUGGUUGCGUCGAUUUGGCUGGCAAGCAGUUUUAUUUUGUUUACUCGUGAAUCCAGUAAAACAAGAGGACAUGCACGAAAAUAUAACCCAAUUAAAAUGGUCGCAUUUGGAGCUGUUACUGCUGUAUCUGUUGUGCCAAGAUUAAUUACGACCCGGGUCGUACUUGCUUUAAAAAACACAAAUUCAAAAGUAUGUGAACUUGUAAUGGAUGCAUCUAUUAUCGCUUACGGCAUUGGUCUUAUUUCAACCUAUAUGUUUCUUUGGCUUCGACAAAGCACUCUAUACUCUCACCCUUCCGUAAAACUGUUUUACACAACUUCAGUAAAAUUCGUCAGCUAUGCGUGUCUGAGCAUGAUGGUAACAGCAGGUGUUGGCGUCAGUAUACUUUUUAUUCUUCCGACAGCAUAUGAAUUUUCUAAUCGUGGGUGUGUUUUGCGGCAAAAUGAACAGGAAAACACCCUUCCUUUUAUAAUAUUAACCGCUGGACUCGUACUUGGACAAGCACUUAUUUUAGGGUUAUUUAUAUACCCACUUGUACGUCACCGCUCUGUGCAAAUCAGCUUAAUGAUUCCAACCGUACAAUCGAGAAAUCUAUCAAAAGUAGACACUUCAUAUAAUAGUGUCAGAUGUGUUGACAGUACAUAUGCAGUAGAGCGGGAAGAGUUAACAGGACGUUUAAACCCGAUCCGACAAUCUGUGAACCAUCUCAGGAGAAAAAUCGGCCGGUAUCGUCAAACACGUUCACAGUCGUUGAAUUCUGUAUCAAUCCAGUCUCCAAACCAUACCAACAAUCGUAUAACAAACAUUAUCAAACGAUCCAUCGCAUGUACCAGUAUAUCGGUUGUUACCGAUCUAUUUGCCAUGAUUGUAGUAGCGUUCGUGCUUCCAAAAAAUACGCCUAAAUAUGUAACGAAUACCAUUUACGAUGUGAGUUUGUUCGUAAAUGUUUUAUCGGUUAUCUUUUCGUUUGAAACACACAGAAAAAUCGUCACUUUCUGGUGUGGACCGCGCUAAUAGUAAAAACUAUAUUUGCUGUAAUUGUAAGAAUUUUAUGUUCAUAAUCAACUACUCUAUUACGUUGUAUUAUGUUUCAUUUGUUAACACAAUACUAUAAAUAUUUGCGAAAAUUUGUCUCAGUUAUAUAAUGUAUCUUGUUUGCGUAAAACACGUUUUGUUCCAGAA